GUUUCAGCUGGCAGUUACGAAGAUGAUAGUUGGUCUGACAGCAAUAAUAACUAUAUUGCGGAGUACUCUGGAGGUUCAUGUUCCGGUAUGUCCCAGACCCAGCUGAGUGAAGGCUGUUCUAUCAGUGACGACUGCAGCACGAUCACGUGCAAUAUGAAUUUCGUUGACGAGCCAAUCACAUUCAAGCUAAAGGUAUAGCCUGCAGAGCAUGCGUUUUAAGCGCGACUGACCUAGAGGGCAACUGGAAAACUAUGGGAGGAAGGGCGGGCAAGGACGAGGGACUCAUCAACCACUCCCUUGGAAUCUUUUUUGACUCGUCUUAACUCUCUGUCACUUCAACGUCCAAAUCGUUCGCACAGCAAAAUACGCCUGCUUUGCAGGCGACCAAAGGUAUUGAUUGCUAUGCUAAUGGUCGCGGGCAUUUCUGAAGGUUCCUUCGAUAUUAAUCUCAGUAAAUUUGAAGACUUCGUCUUCCUUCAUCCCAGAGAUUCAGGGAAAUGCUUAAUUUUCUGCUUUUGUAACCGUAUUAAUGCCGGUAAGCCAACACGAAUGACAAUUACGAGUACAACUAGCUCUUUUCACGAAAUCACGUUGUGCCUAUCAUAACUAAAUAUCAGCAUUAUUUCUCAACAGGUCAACAAAUGCGAUGAACCUGUCACGGUAACGGCCUCCAUGGAUGUCCCGGAUCUAGGUGUCACGUGGUCUCACACGUACACAAGUGACGACAUCAUUGAAGUGCCCGGAUUUACUGUAUCUUUGCCUUCGAUUUUCUCGGCUGGAGUGUACGUUCAAGUUGGACUCACUGAUAACGGAGACCGAUUGCAUCUUAAGGUAUUUUACAGUUAUCUCAUUGGCCAAUUCAUCGUGACGUCAAUACGUUUACUAUUAAGGGGCAGGAGCCGAUAAGUAAUCGGCUCCUGUAAGAGGCUAGAGAAUAGGCCAUCUCCAAGAUCCAAAAACCGUCAAUUUCAAAGUGAGGCAAAGUGCAAUGCUAUCAUUAAAGGCUAAUGUUGACUUUGAUUUAUGAAAUGAAACUUCUUAACUGUUCUUUAUUUCAACAGGUGAACCUUUUGGCCGGUGGUAAAGUGUUAGGAAAGAGUGCUUAUCCAGUAAAAGUCACUGUCAUACAGGGAGAUUUGCCAAUCUCCACUGAUGAGUGCGGUGAGUACCGAUCAUGCUUCUACUAAAACACUUACUUAACACUUAAGUACGCUUCAUUCUACGAUGAAAAUCUGACAAGUUUCACUUGGUGCUUUAUUUUUCUCUGUUUUUGGUGUCAUGUUUGUAGAUGAGAGGGGAAAUGGGAACCGCAAAUGUUUUUCGAGAAUUAUUGUUCUCCAGCGGAGAGGGUGCAAUUUUAGGAGCGUUUCUUGGUGCUGUGGACGGGUUCAAUCACCAAAUGACGUAGCACAAAAAGAUUGAAAAGUCACUGAAAAAUACUCACAUCACAAUUCAAAGGCAAUUAACAAUAUGGUGUUCCGCAAAACCACAGAACACUCCAUUUUUAGAGUUCAAUCAGUUAAGUAUCGUUGAAUCUAUUUUCAAUAAAAAAUGUGUUUUUGUUGCAGGGAUCUUCGGGUGGUGGUACAACUUUACCGAUAUUAAAAAGGCAGCAGUAAUUGGUGGACCUCUAGUGUUCAUCAUUCUACUAAUCAUUGCCUGUUGCUGUUGUUGUGGCUGCUGCAGGUCCCGUCCAACCAACCAAGGGGCUGUUAUCGUCACUCCCGCAGCUGUCCCUACAGCUGUCAUGGCAACAAGUACCAGGAGCACCGUUCCCAUGAAACCGCUGGUCAACGAGGCUUGAGUUUCACUCCAAUCUUGGCUUACCCAGAGUCUUCUUUCUCUUUAGUCAGCGGGCAACGCGUUGCUCGCUGACGAAAAAGACAGAAGACUCUGGGUACGAGAAUGCUUUCACUCUGAAUAGACACAGUAGUGCAAUGUGCAAAAAACGCGUAGUUUUCGCUAAAAUUUUGCUUUGUUUAUAACAGUUUAACCCGUUCUGAACACUUUUACGUUUAGUUACUGUUAAGUACAAUCAUAAGCAAUUGUUGCCGUCUUAUGCUUGGUUUAGACGCCGUACUUCACGUGAGCAGGAUUAAAUUUGAAUUUUGGCCCACCCAAAUUAAUUUAGGACUGCCAAUCUUUAAACCAGCCGAACUAAAGCUUCAAAAUGCAGUAAGAAUAUAUCAAUUUUUUUUCAAAACUAUGCAGUUAGUUUGGCUAAAAUUUGAAGUUCGGUGUCUGCUGAUGCACUGCCGUUUCAAAUUGACCCUGGUUCUGUGAAGAACGGCGUCUGAAUCAGGCCUCAAAGUACCUUGGUUGCUAGAUGUUUCCUGCUACCGUUUAUAUUCUCAUACCUUAUUACAUCGUUCGAUUUGGAGCAUUAAAUGUUACUUCGGAUUUUCGUAUUUGACUCGCUAUGUGACCCUAUAGCCAACAGCCGACGCCGCAAUAAAGCACGUUAUCAAGACUGUUAUUUAAGCGUGAGUUACAUAUGUUGGCAUUGCAUUGUUUACUAUUGAUGGUACGCUAUGAGGAAGCCCAACAGCCAUAAACACAUGUAGCUUUCAGUAGUGGUUAUGGUUCUUCCAAUUUUUUUUCUUUUUUUAUCCAGUUUUUGCCCUUUUCUUGCUUCCCUUACAGACUUUAGUAUAUUUUAGUCCAAAAAAUUAUUUUUUCCUCCCGCGCGCUUUACUCAAUAUGAAUUUCUACUCUAAAAAGAAACAUUUAGAAAUGAUAAUCUGAUUUCCAGACUUUAAUACAGAAGUGAAUGGGGUGUAAAUUCGAAUGCAAAACUGCAUUCUCUGAGGCUGGCAGAGACUUUCUAAAAUGAGUCCGUUUUUGGAUGGGUCAUUAGCUAGGUCAGCAGGAAAAACUUCUCGCGGCUCAUUUCCAAUUCGUCCCUCAAAAAAGUCGUAUGGUAGCAAACCUUAGGCUGGCACUAAAACUAACCAGGGCUCCAAGAUUAGCCUGCGAUCAUGCCCUCUCCCUUCAUCUCCGUAGUCUGUUUUCAAGCAGAGAAGCACAAAAAUAACGCCUGAUCUCAGGUUACUCCAAGAUAUACUAUCAAACCCCCUUAAAAAAGAGAGUUUGAUAGUACAUCUUGGAGCCCUUGUUAAUUUUAAUGCCAGCCUAAGAUUUCCCACCAUACAACUUAUUUGAAAUACGGACACCAAAUAGUCUUCUUCGCAGCCGCUUGGACCGGAGUCAGCAAAGCGCUGAGGAGACUAGGCACCAUGCAUGGAAUAAAAAGGUGUCGCCAUGUAUUUACAUAUACUAUACACUGUAGGAAUUGUAUGAAGUUUUAGAUCCUCGGAACCAAAGAGAAACGUCCUGCGAUAGAAUUUAGGGUGUGCCCUAAAGAAGGUUUGGGCGGUAUGGGACAAAACCCAAUUAUCCUUUUGUUAGGUGGAUUUUCCAGCAUGUAAAAUUAUAUCGUAUUCAAAAUUUAAGGAGUGUCAUCUUGAUCUUUCAUCUUUAAAACGUAGUGCGGCUUUUCUAGACAAACUUGAAACAGACGACUUAUCGCUUAAUUACUUUUUUAAAACAAUGGUCUGUUGUUUCAUCACAUGACCAACCAUGCUAACAGUACCAUGCUGCUGACUCAUUCCCUUUGGACGUACCGGUCGACAUUAAUUUAAUUACUGCAGCAUACUUGCCCGAAGAAUCCAUACCAUCCACUGCACUGAUCUUCAAACAAAAGCAUCUCACUUUUGGCUCUCAAACAAAGGUUUGUUUUUAGAUAUCGUGUUUAAAAACAUCAUAUUUAUAUUUGGGAUUUUAAGGUAUUAUUCACUUAUAAAUUUAUUAAUAGGCGGUGUGUGUGGCUGUUGAAGUGUAAAGGAAAGGUAUAGUCCUUUUCAAGCUUGGUCUAAAAGUGCUGGAAUUGUCAUAUCGUCUGUUCAUGCCUCGAAGAGGCGAUUUUAAACUCGGAUUCGACCGUAUGGACGGGUCACAAUAUCCCCGGCCCUUGACUGGCAUUUCAACUCUUUCUGCAACAGAGGAGGUCUAGCCUGAUUCUCAGACGUCCGAGAAGUGAAGGGACCGCGAACAACCUCGGACGUCUGAGAAUCAGGCUACGAGGAGGUCGGGAUCGGAAAUCGUUCUUAACCACUUAUGAGUAUUCUCCUCGAUUUUCUUAGUUCUGGAUUAAGUCGUAGCCAUGACUUAAGGAGCGGACUUUGUAGGGUGAAAUAUUUCGCCCAUAAAUAUAGUUGAAAACAAUAGACUUCAGGAGGCGCGAACGUGAAAGCAUGAAUGCUAUUUCUGGUUAUUGUCGAAAAAUAUGUCAUGUCGCUUCUGUCCACUAGUCGGUUAGCGUCUGCAGUGUUGUUGGCAGUGGAGUGAAGCUAGCAAACUGAACAAACGAAGAUAAAGUAACAAGGUUAAGAAAUGCCGUGUUUCUUACUCUUUCGCUAAAAUCGCGUGACUUGUGGCAAAAAUUUACAAGAUUCGCGUGAAUUAUCCUUUAACUUUCAGAACAUUCCAGACGCCGCCACGGAUGAAGGCUCCACCGUCAAUUCAAGCGUAACUUCUUCGUGCCUAAUCCAUUGGUGUUUUCUUUCUUUUAUAGUGUCUUUAACGGAUUGUCACUUAGCUUCAAGUUGGAAAUUUUAUAAAACGAAUUUUCUGCGCGAACAAUGAACAAGUCUUGUCCUCCUUAAAGACUUCUUUAAUAAUCUAGGCUUGUAGCUUCUGUUUUGCUUCUGAACACUCAGAUCCAUCUAUGUCGUUCGAAUAAAAUGUAACAAUUUUAAAAUGAAGUAAAAAUGACUGAUCUACACUAAAUUGUGCUCAAAAGUCGCGUUAUUCUGCGUUAAUUCGAAUAGUGUAUUGUCUUUGCAUAUACUAUUUACAUACAUUAUUCAUUUUCAAUUAUGAUCAACAACUGAAUUGCUUAGCACACUGAAGCACGUAUUGUGUGUGUAACUCCUUGCAGGUACCGAAAAAAGGAUUAUGCCGCUCCAUUUUUAGACUUUCUGCCAGCCUCGCAGCUCGUUUAUGUUCAUAAUCGCACUUCAUGUACAGGUUUGUUAACGCGUGAUUUUCAUCUUCUUAGUGUUUAAGACAUUUGGACCAAACAUGAACAGAGUUGUUACGAAACAAUGAAUCAUCUAAGGAGUAGCUAGACAGUCACACACAUCUACGUAAAAAGAUCAAUCAAAAUCAAUUCAAUUCAAGUCGACAGUUCUCUUGUUCAUAUCAGUAUUUUCUCUUCCAUUUUUAGUUUCUUCUUUCACGAUUUUAAAAUUCUUAAACUCAAGUCAAAAGGAAUUUGCUAACAAAUCGGACACUCUAUCAGCAGUGAAGACGUCAAGGUAUGUUGACGAUGGCGUCGGUUCUUGACCUUUCAAUUUGAUUUCUGUUUUGUCUUCUGAACACACAGCACCAACGUUGUGUGUUUUAAGUUGGUACACGUAACCUGCGUUUGAAAUGAAAUAGAUAUAAAGUAUUAAAAAAAUAAAGUAAAAUAGACUGAUCUACUCUGAUUGGUUAUCCUAAUAGUCUAGUCCGUAACAUAAACACAAUGCCUUAUAUAGAGGAAUGCGGAAUCCUUUUCAAUCAUAAUCAAUUGUUUCCUUUCAUAGGAAAGAAUCACGUUACCUGACUCUGAGAAAGGACCCGCUCUGAGCUUCGUUUCUCUUACGACUUUCUCCAAGAGUCGGAAGGUUUGUCUUAGAUUUUUAUCUACCUUGAUCAUUUUCAGUCAUUCAGAGCUAACUCACAGUCAGCUUUUGUUUGGAGUGUCGUAAUCGUUUCUUAGCUGUGUAUUCAUGCAAUCUGCAGCCAGAGACCUGCAAGAGGAUUUUUUUUAGUUUUUGGGUUUAGUAAUAUCCAGUUUCCACUAACAACGUAAGGAGACUUUUUUAACGCCUUUAAUAUACACAUUAAUUAUAAAGACUUGAUAACGGUGAAACACUUCGCUCAUAAAAAAAACAUAACAAUGGGCCUUUCAAGGUGCAAGCGUCUGAACACUGUUUAUAGUAAAUUUCGAAAAUUAUACAAAACUUUUUUCAAAAUUAUGCAGUUAGUUCGGCUAAAAUUUGAAGUUCGGUGUCUGUAUUAACAUUAUCUUGAUUCUGCUUCUGUGGAAGUGCGGCGUCUGAAUCGAGCCUCAAAGUACCUUUGUUGCUAAAUGUUUCCUGCUAUCGUUUAUAUUUCCAUACUUAAUAUUACAUCGGUUGAUUUGGAGCAUUAAAUGUUUAUUCGGAUUUUCGUAUUGGACUCUCUAUGUGAACCUAUAAACAACAGUAUUUUAUUCCAAAAAUUAAAUUUUCCUGCAGCGCGCAUGAAAGUGCUCGAAUUGCCAUGGAAUCAAAAGGUGUCGCCAGGCAUUUAUAUAUACUAUACACUGUAGGAAAUGCAUGAAGUGUUAGAUCCUCGGAACCAAAGAGAAAUAUUUGAAAUAGAAUUUAGGGUGUGCCUAGACUUUCUCAAAGUCCUUCGCUUCUCAUUUCCUGUUCCGCGGUAGUUUUCCCGCUCUCUUUCUCGUUUUGCCGUGGAAAACAUAAAAAAUCUACCGCUAGCACUUCGCGCUCGUGAAAAACUUUGAGCUCGACUUGUAGGCAACUCUACAGUGUGCCUAAAGAAGGUUUGUGUGGUAUGGGACAAAGCCGACUUAUCCUUUUGUUAGUUGGAUUUUCCAGCCGGUAAAAUGGUUACGUAUUCAAAAUUUAAGGAGUGUCAUCUUGCUCUUUCAUCCUUAAAACGUAAUAUUGCGGCUUUUCUAGGCAAACUUGAAAUAGACGACUUGUCGCUUCACUACUUUUUAAAACAAUGGUCUGUUGUUUCAUCACAUGACCAGUUUUUUUAAUGCUGGUGACUCAUUGCCACAAACGUACCGACUGAUUAAUUUACUGCAUACUUAACUAGCCCGAAGAAUCCAAAACAUCCACUGCACUGAUCUUCAAACAAAAACGUGUCACUUUUGGCUCUCAAACAAAGGUUUGUUUUCAUGAUAUUUGGGAUUUUAAGGCAUUACUCACUUACAAGUCUAUAAAUAUGCGGGGUGUGUGUCUGUUAAGUGUAAAGGAAAUGUAUAGUCCUUUUCAAGCUUGGUCUAAAAGUGCUCGAAUUGUCAUAUCAUCUGUUCAAGCCUCGUAGAGGCGAUUUAAACUCAGAUUCGACCGUUUGCACGGGUUACAAUAUCCCCGGCCCUUGACUGGCAUUUUAACUCUUUCUGUCACGGCGAGGAGGUCUAGCCUUAUUCUCAGACGUCCGAAGGGACCGCGAACGAAUUCGGACGUCUGAGAAUCAGGCUACAAGGAAGUCGGGAUCGGAAAUCGAUUGGUUCUAUUACUUAUGAGUAUUCUCUUCGAUCUUCUCCAUCUUCUCAGUUUAUCCAGUUUGCAUUAAUGACUUAAGGAGCGGACUUUGUAGGGUGAAGUAUUUCGCCCAUAAAAAUAAUUGAAAACAAUGGACUUCAGAAGGCGCGAACGUGAAAGGAUGAAUGCUAUUUCUAGUUAUUGUCGAAAAAUAGCUCAUGUCGCUUCUGUCCACCAGUCGGUUAGCGUUUGCAGUGUUGUUGGCAGUGGAGUGAGCCUAGCAAACGGAACAAACUAAGAUAAAGCAACAUAGCUAAGAAACGCCGUGUUACUAUAAACUCUUUCGUUAAAAUCGCGGUACUUGUCGAAAAAAUUCACAAGGUUCGCGUGAAUUAUCUAAUAACAUUUAGAACAUUCUAGACGCCGCGACGGAUGAUUAUAGGCUCCACCUACAAUUCAAGCGUAACUUCUCUCUUGCCUCAUGCAUCGGUUUUUUCUUUCUUGUUUAGUGUCUUUAACGGAUUGUCACUUAGCUUCAAGUUGUAAAGUUUGUAAAAGGAAUUUCUCCGCGAAAAAUGAACAAGUCUUGACUUCCUUAAAGACUUCUUUAAUAAUCUAGACCGAGUUGUAGCUUCUGUUUCGCGUCUAAACACUCAGAUCCCUCUAUGUCGUCCGAAUAGAAAUGUAAGAAUUGUAAAAUGAAGUAAAAAUGUCUGAUCUUUUCUAAAUUGUGCUCAAAAGUCGCGUGAUUCUGCGUUAAUUCGAAAAGUGUAUUGUCUUUGGAUAUACAUAUCAAGUGUUCUAUUUACAUACAUUAUUCAUUUUCAGUCGGACACUCUUUCAGCGGUGAAGACGUCAAGGUAUUUUGACGAUGGCGUCGUUUCUUGACCUUUCAAUUUGAUUUCUGUUUUUUCUUCUGAACACACAGCACCAACGUUAUGUAACCUGCGUUCGAAAGGAAAUAAACCAAUGACAACGUAAAGCAAAACAGACUGAUCUACUCUAGAUUGGUUAUCCUAAUUGUGUAGUUCCUAACAACAACACAACGCCCUUCAAUAGAGGAAUGCGGAAUCCUUCUAAAUCAUAAUCAAUUGUUCCUUUCAUAGGAAAGAAUAGCGUUACAUGUCUCUGAGAGACGACACGCUCUGAGCUUUGGUUUCUCUUACGACUUCCUCCAAGAGUCUAAA